AUGCCACGACGGCUGCAGGUUGGCGAGAGCACCACCGUGGAAUGCAAAGUAGCCGGUCUUGUGACGUUCAGGACAAACAUCCGUGUAACAGCCUGCCCCAUCGGGCGGUUCGGGCGAUUCUGUGCGGAGCGCUGCCAGUGUUAUAACGGGGCCGCAUGUCACAGCUUCAACGGCGCGUGCAGGUGCGCCCCUGGCUGGACAGGAAGAAACUGCACCACAGUUCACCCAGAAAUGCACAUCAGUCCCCCUGCCAGAGAACUGACAGACUUGCGGAUCGGACAGGAACUGCAGCUGACGUGCACGGCUUACCAACUUGACGUCACUGACAUCACGUGGCUCUUACAGAGUGGCAUUCCUGUAGAACAGCUAAAUGUAUCAAACAGCAAGAACUCUUCUGUUCUUUACAUCCACUCCCUGGCGCCUAAGCACGAAGGUAACGUUACCUGUGUGGGUCUUACCACCAGCGGAGACACAUACACUAACGUGGUUGGCAUACGGAUAGUGUGUGAGGAGAAUUACUGGGGCGAGCUGUGUGACGACAUCUGCAACUGUACAGACCAGGAGACCUGCAACCGGGCCCAGGGCUGCAUCUGCGAUGGUGAUGGGUGUUCGGAUUCUCAGACCGGCCUCCUGACCAUCAGUCUGUCGUCAGGCGGGCUGAUUCUCCUCCUACUCGGCGUCAUCUUCCUGCUAUACAGGCACAACAACAGGCUGCGGGUCGGAAACAUCGACGAUCCGGAGGUCUUCCAGCUCGGAAAGGACCUCAAGGCCGUGAUGCCGCCUGCAGCAGGCUCCUCGUCAGGCAGUAUCGACAUGGAGCUCCUGAAGGAAAGGGAGAUCGACAGGAGCAGGCUGCAGGGCGGACAGCUCCUGGGAGAGGGCGCUUUUGGACAUGUUGUCAAGGCAACGUUGACGCGACCUGAGGAGGACGAUGUGGUGGUAGCUGUCAAGAAACUUAAAGACGAUGGUGACCCCAAGGCCAGACAGGCCCUUCUGCGGGAAACCUGCAUCAUGCUGUUGUGCGGUAACCAUGACAACGUCCUCGGGCUGAAAGGCAUCUGUUUUAGAGACGGCCCGCUUCAACUGGUGCUGGAAUAUGCGGAACACGGGAGUCUCCUUCACCUGCUGUGGACGUUACGUGCGGAAUCCAAACUCAACAGGACCGUUCUGGUCAACAAACGACACAUCUUCGAGAACAUGAUGGUGGAGGUCUGCUGCGGACUGGAGCACCUGGCGACCAUGAGGCUGGUUCACCGAGACAUCGCGGCCCGGAACAUCCUGAUCUGUGGGAAGGGAACCGCCAAGAUCGCGGACUUCGGGCUGGCCCGGGACACGUACACUGUGGGGUACCAUCGGCAGGACAGGGGCCACGACCUGCUGCCGCUGAAGUGGAUGGCACCGGAGGGCCUGAAGAACGAGGCUAGGUUCACACACAAGAGUGACGUCUGGUCCUUCGGGGUUCUAUUGUGGGAAGUGGCGCAGCUGGGCCGCACGCCGUACCCUGGGAUGGAGGGGGCAGACAGAAUAUAUGAUGCUCUGCAAAACCACUUCAGACUCCCCAGGCCUCAGUUGUGUACAGAGGAAAGAUACCAGCUGAUGCUGAAGUGCUGGAAGUUUAACGAGAAGACCAGGCCGGACGCCACAACUGUCAGGAAACUACUGGUGGCGGAUCCAAACGGCUUUUUCUACUUCAACACACCUGUGGCAGCGAUAGAGGCACCCGUCACUCCGGUAUGAGACCUGUGGCAGCGAUAGAGGCACCAGUAUCUCCGGUAUGAGACCGCAUCGGAUUCACAAACAAGCCCGAGGCUAUAGUGGCAUCAGCCGGGAUACAUCCUGGAAAAUGCCUGGACGAUUGACUAUAAUAUAUAGUUACAAUAUAUACAUAUACAGUCACAAGUACUCCUCUGGCAACCGGACGCAAAAAAAGGCGGGAUCGACCAAACCUGACACUCAAGAAAGUUUGGUUUGGUUUAUUGCGAUCUUUAUUAGUGAAUACAUCCACCAAUCUUCAUCAAUC